AUGGGAAUCCACAAGAAGGGUGAUAUUGUAGACAUCAAGGGAAUGGUCGCUGUUCAAAAAGGAACAACCCCUAAGUGUUACCACGGCAAACCUGGAAGAGUCUGCAGUGUCACCCAGCAUGCCAUGGGCAUCAUUGUAAACACGCAAGUUAAGGGCAAGCUUCUGGCCAAGAGGAUCAGUGUGAGGAUUGAGCAAAUCAAGCAAUUGAGGAGCAGAGAUGGCUUCCUGAAGCAGGUGCAGGAGAACGAUCAGAAGAAAAAGGAAGCCAAAGAGAAGGGCACCUGGGUUCCGCUGAAGCGCCAGCCUGUGCCACCCAGAGAAGUGCACUUUGUGAGGACUAACGGAAAAGAGCCUGAGCUGCGGGAGCCCAUUCCAUAUGGUUUCAUGGCCUAA